ACUAUAUACAAAAGAAAAAUAGAAAGAGAAUAAACCCCAAAAGUCUGUUAUUUUUUUUUUCUUCAUUUUACACAGUAGCAUCUCCCCUUCUAAAGCCCCUCUUAUCUUCUUCAUUCACAAGUACAACAAAGGAAAAAAACUUCAUUGCUCUAUACCCACCAUGAAGAAAAACCGACCCGUUUUAGUAUCCAUGGAUAUUCCGGGUCUUGAAUUAUCCAACAGCACUAACAUCAUUCAACCCUGCCAGAACGGUUUUCCGGUUCAUUCUGUAAAAAAUGGGUGUAAUUUUGGUUGUAUUUCGUUAUCAUCAGAGAAUUUAGAUGAAAAAACGUUUAAUAAUAAUAAUAAUAAUCCAACAGCUGCUCAGCUUAUAAGAAAUCCUUUGGCAAUGGUGGCUUUGGUUCCGAAAGAAGCUGCAUUGUUUGCUGCUGGUGCUAUUGCUGGUGCUGCUGCUAAGUCUGUCACUGCUCCACUUGAUCGUAUCAAGCUCCUCAUGCAGACACAUGGACUAAGAGCUGGGCAAGAAGCUGCAAAGAAAGGAAUUGGAUUCAUUGAGGCGUUUACAUUGAUUGGGAAGGAGGAAGGUAUCAAAGGAUAUUGGAAAGGAAACCUUCCACAGGUGAUACGGAUCAUACCUUAUAGUGCGGUGCAGUUAUUUGCAUAUGAAACCUACAAGAAACUUUUUCAAGGAAAGGAUGGGGAGCUUUCUGUCAUUGGAAGACUAGCAGCAGGUGCUUGUGCUGGCAUGACUUCUACUUUUGUAACCUACCCACUAGAUGUUCUCAGGUUGAGAUUAGCAGUUGACCCUGGGUAUAAAACGAUGAGUGAGGUUGCUUUAAACAUGCUGAAAGAGGAAGGCGUUGCAUCCUUUUAUAAUGGUCUCGGGCCCUCUCUCAUUGGAAUAGCUCCAUAUAUCGCUGUGAACUUUUGUGUUUUUGACUUGGUGAAGAAAUCUUUGCCGGAGAAAUAUCAGAAACGAACUGAAGCAUCUCUGGUUACAGGUUUGCUUUCAGCUACUAUUGCCACUCUAAUGUGCUAUCCAUUGGACACAGUGAGAAGGCAAAUGCAAAUGAAGGGUACACCUUAUAUGACAAUUUUUGAUGCCUUCCCAGGCAUAGUGGCACGUGAUGGUGUAGUUGGAUUGUACAGGGGUUUUGUUCCCAAUGCACUGAAAACUCUCCCUAAUAGCAGUAUUAGGCUCACCACUUUUGAUACUGUUAAGCGUUUGAUAGCAAGAAGUGAGAAAGAGUUCCAGAAAAUUAUGGAUGAGAACCGCAGGCAAAAGGCAGAGUAAUCCUAGCUAUUUCACCAAGUAGGUUUUCUGGUUGCUUGAUUCAAUGGAGAUAAUUGAUCUCCGCAUUAUUCAUCGUCAUUUACAAAUAUUGGUUCGACGAGCAAGAAACUGAGCUGUCAGUAAUCUAGUUUGUUACCUAGAUCUCCAUUUUUGUAAUACCAGGUUUAGUUGCCAGAGUAGUUAAGUUGGCUGUCUUAUGGCAAUAUCUAUAUUUUUCUUUUGCUCAUUUAAAUGUAGAAUUACUUCAUUCAUUUGUGUUCUUAUGUUUGUAAUGUUUGAAGCGACUUGCAGUCUCCUUUA